UUCUCUUAGUCAGUGAUAGAUGCUGGCAACUUCGGAGUCCGACAGCCAUGGCGACUUUGUCUUUAUUCUCUUUGGCUUCCUUACAAAAUCGGAAUCCAAUGUUCUACCAUCAUCGUCAUCAGCAGCAACGGCAACUUCUUUUUGUUUCCCACUUGAAGAAAAAGAAGAGUGGUUUCGUUUGUUUUGCUUGCUCCAUCAAACAAACCAGAGUUCGUAAGAGAGUGAAGAGCAACGAGGAGCUUCGGAGUGAGAUUCUGGAGUUCGUUGCUUCGGCUGGGCUUCCUCCAGGUCACGUGCCCUCCAUGAAGGAACUCUCUGCACACGAAAGAGUUGAUCUUGCAAACGUUGUCAGACGAAGAGGAUAUAAGUUCAUCAGGGAUCUUCUUUCAAACUCUGAAGACGACUGUAAUGAGCUUACAAGUCCAAGUGGCGUCUCUUUGGAAGAUUCUUUAACAGAAGGUCAGGACGAAGAAGCACUUGACUCUACCGAACCACCUUCAAGCACUGAGAUGUACUCUACUGCAACAGAUGCUAGUGUCUCUCUUGAUCAGAGAACACAUAAUUUUACAGAGGAAGUUGAUGAAGAAUGUGGAGGGGUGAUUGAAAAUGAAUCUUCGUUGUCUGCAGUUUCGAGAAUGGAAGACUCCACUUCAAGCUCUUCAGAGAGAGAAGCUGACAAUGUUUUGGUGGCAGAGGAGGAUGAGGACGUCAAUGACGUGGGCGAGGAUGCCCCUCUUACCGAUGAUCAUUGCACCAGUCAAGAUCUCAACUACACCAAAAACGUUGUUGAAAGUGUUGCUACUGAAUCCUUGUCUGGUGAGAAUGCAGAGAAUUUUCAGAAUCAGCAGAUUGAUGAUAUGGCUGAAAAUCGUUCUGGUGGUGCUGACGAUAGUGUGGUUGAGGCUGAUGAUAAGGAUGGGAUGUUAAGUCUUUCUUCUUCAGCGUCAAGCAUAGAAGAAAAAACAGCCAGAUUUAUCCAGAAUGGAUACUUGGAUACAGUUGAUGGUAUGUUGGAACCAGUUUCAGAUGAUGAAUAUAACAUACCUAAUGAAAGCUGUCCUGAAGAAACUAAAGUGAGUGCAGAAACAAUCAAAGGUGGUGAGUACAGUCAUGGUGGUCAGAGAAGAGUGAGUAUGGCGCCAAAUGGAAGUGCCCUAGCAUAUGAGGAGGUUACCUAUGCGACAGAAGCUAAUAACUCUCAAAGGAAUAGUGAUCACCAAUAUGGGAAUGCUGAACUGGACAAGGAUUCACAUGAUGAGACAAUGAAACGGGAAAAACAGGUUGAAAUUACUCGGCUGAGGUUCAUGCUGCGUCAGAAAGAGCUGGAGCUGUCAAGGUUAAAAGAGCAGAUUGAAAAGGAAAAGCUGUCUCUUUCGGUUCUUCAAAGAAAAGCUGAAACAGAGAUACAAAAGGCCCAAAUGCUUGUCUCACAGAAGGAUGUUGAGUUGCAAGAAGCCGAGGAAAGUCUCUCAGGACUGCAAGAGGUUGAGAUUGAAUAUUGUGGAGAUGGUAAUGUUGUGGAGGUGACCGGCAGCUUCAAUGGCUGGGAACACAGAGUGGGACUGGGGCUUGAAACAUCCAAGUCAACCGGGAAACAGAAAUGCUGGUCAACAUUACUGUGGUUAUAUCCUGGUACAUAUGAGAUUAAGUUCAUCGUGGAUGGUCAAUGGAUAACUGAUCCACAAAGAGAUUCGGUUACAAGAGGACACAUCACAAACAACAUUCUCAAAGUAGACUGAUGAUCCUCUUGCCUAAACUGUUUUUAGAGUUGCAUUCAAUCAAGAGCCUUGCAGAUGGUAGAUACCUGCUUAAACAGGGAAAGGAGCAGAUCAUGUAAUCAACUUCUCCAAUGAGCUCAUGUAUAAGGUGUUUUGUUCUGUUCUGUUAGAGGUAGUAGAGUAUGUACAAAAUUACAAUUUCAGGUAAUUGAUUAAAUAAAUUUCGGAAUCAA